CGGUUUGAUUGCCGUACAGAUGUUGCGGUCCGUGUUCCGUUUGUCCCGGUACUGUGCCCGGGGUCCGCUCUACCCCCAGUGGGGGCUCCCUCCUGCCUCCUCGCUGUGUUCUCCGGGGCCCUCACUGUAUGGCAGGCCGUACAGCAGUGACCCCAGCCCCGCCAACCGCCGGGUAGUGGUGGUCGGCCUCCCCAACCCGUUUAUAUGGUGCAGGACGCGGAUCUAUUUCUUCCUGAUCCGGGCUUACUUCGACAAGGACUUCAACGUGGCCGAGUUCACGGAGGGGGCCAAGCAAGCAUUCACUCUUGUUUCCAAGCUUAUGUCGGAGCGAAAAUUUGAGGAACUAGAAAACUUGGUAACUAAUGAGACCAUCCGGGAUGUACAGGAAAAGUGUACAUUACUUCCUGACAACCACAGGGAUGCGCUGGCAGCAUCUUCAGAUGACAUCAUGUAUUCAACCACUGGAGAUGUUGCAAUUUAUUAUGACGAUAAUGGAAGAAAGUUUGUCAGCAUCCUGAUGAGGUUUUGGUACUUGACUUAUGCAGAUCUGCCGGAUGAGAAUUUGGAGGGCACAAAAGUAUUCCAAGUUGUAGUAGGAGAUAAAAAUGUGAAGGAUACUAAACGUCUGCUUACGGCAAACUAUGAGUUUCGAAGGGAAUUUACUCAAGGAGUAAAACCCAAUUGGAUUAUUACACGGAUUGAACAUCCAAAACUAUUGGAUUAGGAAGUCUUGAAUGGACUGAAGCUUAUGAAUAUCCAUCUACCGACUGGAACUUAUAUUUAAUUUUUCUACCACCUGCCAAACUAAAGCACGAUUCUUAUGGACUCAAUUUAUGUAUCUUGGAUUUACAGUUUUCACUUACAGAAGUAAAUAAACAUUAACAAAAAAAAACCCCAAAAACUUUAGAUAUAAAUAUGAUAGCCAUAUAAAUUAAUUUUGAAACCAUUAAACUAAAUAGAAGAAAAUAUACAAUUUCUGAUAACCUUUUCUGUAAUCGCAUCUGGUUCCCUUAUUUACCACUAUAACGUCUUAAAGCAUAGAACUUAGCAGGGCUAACCAUACAGAUAUCUUUAGCCAUAAUAUUAUAUAGUUAGUAAGAGAUCCUCUAUUUAAAAUAUAUAAAUACUUGAGAAUACAAUAUAAAAUAAGGAUUGUCUUGGAAGCAAUAAAGUUUUCUUUUUAGAUAUUUUAUUAUAUUAAAAUAUAAAUAUAGACAUAUAAAAUCCAUUACACUAAU